AAACUGGGUUUCGCUACGUUGGAACUGAAUUUUGUCAUAACCUGGAGCCAUAGCGGUAGGAUAGGUGUGACCACUCCAAUCAGCUUUAUUUUUCAGUUUUUCCUCGUGGAAUUGAAGUGAGGACAUCAUUAGUCAUUCAUACCUUCAGGUGACUAGGUAAUGUAAGCUCUAGAAAUUAUAGAUUGGAGGUUUGUGGGCACGAUCAAAGUUGCUGCUAAUGUCAUUAUAAUUAGUGGGUUUCUGUGGUUUCAGUGUUUUGACGCAGUUCAUAAUAAACUUGUUAUACUAGGUGAUAGAAUUUGCUGCUGCAAACGUGAUUUGUGGUAAUUAUUUCUUUCCAAUCUCAAAUUUGCUUCAGUGCACAUCCUUUCAAUUUCAUCAUUAGGGUAGAUGGCAGAGAGUUUUCACAGGUGCUUACACUAGUAUCUAUUCAAGGAGGUGAGCUGGAUGAUCAGCUCACAAUUAGGAUGACUUCUCUGGCUCAUCUUAAAACUGAUUACGGAACAUAGGUGCCCCAUGUUCAAAUAUCCUCUCUUUACACUAUUUAUGAUGGAUUGUCGCGGUUGCUUUUGCAACUGAUGCAGUAUUGCUAUUAAAUUCUAGGAGCUGUGUUCACUCGGAAGGGAUAUCGCAGUCCUAUUUGUUUUAAGCAAUUGAUCCCAGGGUGUAGUGGUGCAGACAGGAAUGCCUGGAACAGUGUUCUUUGGUUUUCUUUAUCCUGAGGAGUCUGGAAUUCUCAUGCCUUCACCGGAGGUCAUGCCUGUGUGCUGAUCGGAAUCCUGAAAUAUUGUAGUGUUUUUGGAGGUGAUUCCACUGCUGAUUUCUCAUAUUCUUCUGCGGAUUCAGUUUAGCCUCUUCAGAUUGAGAUUGGAAAUCCUGCUUGCUAGCUUUGAGUUCGGCAAGAUCCUCAUGACGACUCAGGGAUACAGUAGCAGAUGGUUUUGCUCCAGAUAGAAAUUAGCAGCUCCUUGGACACAAGGAGUGAUAUGAAAAUUGUAGAAAUCUUAUUUCUCACUUUGGUGAGCUUCAACAGUCGGAACAAGAUUGGAAGGCGCAGGAAUCUGUAACAUGAGUGAUGAAGAAAUGGCCAUCCUCAGCCAAGUCAAUGCACUUUUCCAAUAACUGAUGUGUGUAAGACAAUGAAGAGUUGGAGCGGAGUCUCAAGGCAUCACGGAGCUGGGAGGAGGAAUACGUCGGUUGAGUAGAGAAUUGGGUGUCAAGCGGCGCACACUGUUUCCAACCUUCGCACAUCAGUUUGGCUUGUAAGAACCUUGAUAAUCAUGGAAGGAUUGAGCAGCGUACCGUUUAAUUCACAAUAUAUACCUACUAUAUUCCCGAGAAUGUUUUAUUUUGGGCCUGUAAAUUAUUAGAUGAUGCCUCUUCGUUGGCAAGAGGGAAUUCAAAAGCAAGAACCUCUAUAGAACGGCGAAGAUUUGUUGCAGAGCUUGUGGACUUGGGCUGGCAGCAAUGCUUUAGCCGGAUGCGGCGGUAGAGUAGUUCUGUGUUAUGGGUAGGUACUAAGAGAAAACAGCAGAUUGACAUUCGACGGAUGAUAGUACAAAGAGUACGUGUUUGUUAACUGCCGAAGAUUCUUUCAACGCCUAAAGUCCUGAGUAGGUGCAUCAGUAAAUGCUCAUAAAGCUUACAUAAUCUAAAACUCCGCUCUUCUUCAUCCUUACUGGCAUCCACACUUCGUUUUUGGAGCUAUCUUCUCCCCUCGUAAGGAACAGUUUCAUUGUAGUUCGGUUUCAAAUAUGAAAUUGUACAAGAUGAUGUGAAGUGCACCUUCACAAAUUGUGUCACCAGCCUGUCGCUCAACUGUUCAAAGAAACGUCUUGUUUUGGACCUCGAAUGGUCGAAUCAUACUAUGGAUGUGGAACCUCAACUUUGAGCUGGACUUCCGGACGAAAGUGUCGUUUAUUUAUUUAUUUGACACAAAAUGGGGUACGGAAGUGUCGUUUAAUUUGGAUGAUUUAGCUGGGUACUAACUUGUGAAAAGCAGUUGUAGUUGCCAGUGCGAAGAAGGUUUGUAACCCGCUCAAGGGAGAAAUAUUUGGCUGUACAGAAAUGUUUUGGACUCCAAGUGGAGGUCGUUAGGGAUUUUGAAGCUGUCGCCUACCCGACUUUAAUGAAGGAAGAGCAUGUGUGGUGAAAAUGUUCAGUCUCUGAAGCUAGUCCUGUGAGAUGCUUUUGACUCAGGUCUUCCCUAGUUCGGUGGAAGGAACGUAAGCCCAGAUCGGCAGCGCUCUCAUUGGUGAAUUUUCACAAAACCUGGUGAUUCUUAACACCUACGAUUAGUACUUGGAUGGCAAGACCUUGAAACACAAUUUAUAUCUCCUUGAGAUCACAUUGGAAGUAUUCUUUAACUGCCUCCAAUAAGACAAGGAUGAAGUGUGGGAUGGCAAGCGAUGCAACCUCAGAAUCUGAAAAGAAAGAUGAAACCGUAGCUAAUGCUCAAGGUGAGCAGUCGAGAAAGCAACCACUAGAUCCGGACAGCUAUUCCCCACCAUGCUGUGCCUUCAGGGAGAAUCACUUACCGAUCCACCUGCAACAUCUUCAAUACGGGCAACUCGACGAAGCUUUUUUUUCUCACUUCCCACCAGCUGCUCUCAAUAUGUUGGCGUGGCAAUGGCCAUCCAAUCUUGCGUUUGCUGCUGCUGCACCGUGCUCGAUGUCCAAAGACAUGAGUGCCUCCAGCAACCAUGAAAAUACUCUGAACCCCGUUUUUGAAUAUGUCAACCAGCUGGGUGCCGUGUGCAAGCAGCUUCCGAUGCAUUUAGAUCAAGCGCCCCAGCAGCAGCAUCACUACCUGUGUCAGUAUCCUCAUUUCAUGCAAAUGCCUCAAGGUCUGGAGGUUCACGACAUGCAAAAUCAAAACACAACACCUUGCAAAGGAGAACAGUCAAAUUUGGCUGAGCUACAACGGUCUGAAGUCACUCCUCAUCUCACGAACAUAUCAUCGGCAGUAAGCACUCAUUCUAUGCCUACGAAUUUUCUUCCCGGGGUCUCCACUUUUCAACCUCGAGUUGGGAACAACCUGGCAGGGUACUCGAGCUGUGGCGAUGCUGGCAUGAGGUCCUCAUACCCUGAGUUGCUUAGCAAAACUGCGAACACGCAGUCUCACCAAGGUGAUGUACGAGAGGAGAAUUGCUCCCGGAAGAGGAAGCAGGCAGGAUCUGAACAAACUCAGUACAAGUAUUCAUCUCAAUAUGCAGCAGUAUCGCCUGGUCAAAGGCUCUUCCAUGCACCCACUUCGAGCGGUGCUUUGAUUCCUCAGGACAGCGCUCAUUGCAUAGAGGAUUGUCUCCAACAUCACUGCCGUGUUCCUUGUGGCUCCUUGAUGCCUGCCAUGAGCUGCCUCGUGAAUAUCGAUCCCAUUGAUUCAGCUGACCACGGAGCAGCACAACGGAAUGGCUUGCAACCAGGUGUUGGCUUGUGGAGCCAAGUGGGUGCUUCCUCAGUUUAUUCGCCUCGAUGUUUACAGUGCGUCCCAGCACCAGCCUCUACUAAAGUCAUUCAUACUCCUUUCCUAGUGUCAUCUGCCUCCUCCACUUCGCCCGAUGUGUUCAACGCUUCGCGUGAUUUCUGUUCCGGCGCGUCCUUACCGAGUUCCAGCUCCCCUUUUCAGCUUUCAGCACAGAGUGCUUUUAGCUGUAUGACCUCGUAUGACUCCCCUUUCUUACGACCAACCUCAAACCCAAAGGUCGCAGGUUGCUACAUGCAAUGUAUGAACCCGGAGUUUACAACUCUCACUCCACCGACUGCAAAUUUACCGGGAUCCCAACGGGGUCAAUCGGCGUGCAGUGACAAAAUCACGAGGAGAGACGAAAGAUCAGAGCAUGACCCGAAAUGCCAUUCUUCUGACUCUAGGAUCAGCAUCGGUUCACCGGCAGGUAUUGGUUCAAGACACGAACCAGCCGAAGGUUGUCAGGGAUCCGACCCCGGAAUAGUGUCAAGUUCAGUUGAGCACAUCUCCCUAGUAAACGAGUUUUCAUCAAAAGAAUCCGGAGAUCGUAGAGAGGAGAGGAAUGAGCUGGGCAGAACUCCGGAAUUUAUUGCGAGGGAGCCGUCAGAAUCUGCAGGUGUAGUCUACUCCUCUCAUCAAGGUGGUCGUUGCUCUGGUGGCAGGAUUUCAUCUCCUGAAUUUUGUAACCUUCUGGGCCAGGAUAAACAUGUGUUGAUGAGAAAGAACGGCCAGUAUACUAGCCCAAAUGAUCCAUUAAAAAUGCAAGUUGGUGGUCUUGCACCAAGUGAACACCAAACAUUCGAUCUUGCAAAUGCAACAGCGCUGGGCUAUGUCCCGUUGGGUGACGUUCAUGAGGUCCACACAGUGCCAAUGGACAAAAGCAGCUCUACUCUUCGGCAACCUGGGAUGAAAGGACAAUGGGGCGCUGCAGAGGACAGAGUUCUGAGAAAGUUGGUGAAGCAGUAUGGAUCCCGGCGUUGGUCGCUCAUAUCGACGUUCAUGGCAAACCGCUCCGGAAAACAAUGCAGGGAGCGGUGGGUGAAUCAUUUACAUCCAGAUAUACGCAAGGAGGGCUGGACAACUGAGGAAGAAGAGCUACUUGUUCAUGCACAUUCAACCUUUGGAAACAGGUGGUCUGCCAUUGCAAAGAUGCUGCCAGGAAGAACCGACAAUAGCAUUAAGAACCAUUGGCAUGCCACGUUGCGCAAGAAGGAUCGUCAUGGACAACUUCGGCCGAGUCUGCUCAGAGAGUACAUUCUAAAGAAGACUGCUGCUCAUGACAUGUCCGUAAAAGCAUGGGCAAUAUUUCCUCUUCCUCAAUCGGCUGAUAAUAAUGAGGACAACAUGAGCGAUGCAUAUGUUGCCAAUUCUGAGAAGGAAAACCGGGAUGCCAUUCAAAACAUGCAGGUUGAUGACACCACAACUCUACACAACUGCUACACAAAGGACCUUGCGGAGGAGGAGGCAAACGGUGAAGUCCAUCUAGUAGACGAAGUUGUUGAUUGAUACGGUUUGCACUGCCAAGAGUGUGUACCCAUGUGCUAAACUGACCAUAAUUUUUCACUCAUCGACACAGGAUUUUAGGGCACGUUUUGGUUGCAGUUCCGUGUCGUUGAUGUUGAUUGAACUCUGCUGUGAGAGAGUUUGUUGUCCCAACAUGGUCCUUCAACUGGUUUUUAGAAAUUUGUUUUGCUAACCUGAUCUUCUGGGCUUUAUCAUCGUUGUUGUUGUUAUUGUUGUUGACGUUGUUUUUGUUGUAAUGUUGUUGUUAUGUUAACGUAUACACACCCGCCUACAGAUUUUGAUAUUUAUUUGGAUCAAAAAAAUACUUUUUUCUGGAAAAACUUCUUCACUCUCAGUCUCCAUAUUUUUAUGAUUUUUUUAAAAAUCUUAACAUGAGAUAUUUUUGCAAUAACAUUUAGGAUUAAAAUAAAGGUUUCCAACUAACAUUAAUUAAUAAGUCUUCAAAUUUUAUUUUCUUAUUUAUAUUUGAUUCUCCAUAAUUACUUUUCCAUUCUGUGCA